UCAUUAAAGAUAAAUCUAGUAUGGAGGAGCCAAAAUCAUUGAUUCACUACUAUGCGUCGCUGGUCAAUGGAGACUUUUCUGGGUAUUGACUUUGUGAUCUUAAUUUACAAAGUUUGAUAUUUACAGGACUCAAUAUCGAAGCUAUAACUAAAGCCUUGAUGGAUUACCAACAUCUUUGGAAGCUAAGAGACGAAUCUAAUAAAAAUUUCACCUUUCCAUUACAUGGAUUUGGAAUGAACAAUGAUUCAUCGGUGCUAGCUCAAGCCGAGAUGUACUUACAAAAUCAAGGGAAAGGUACUGUAGAUCAUUCCGCUGGGGUCAAAUCUUUGGAAGGGGUACAGACUCCAGGAAAACUGAAGAAAUCUGAGGAGAUAAAGGAAAGCGAUGCUCUUCUUGAAAACCAUCCUUUUGAAAUUGUCUAUAAGUUAAAUAAAUAAGACAAACAGAAAACUUAAGAGGAUUGUUUGUAAGUUUGGCAACUGCAACAAGGUCUUCGAGAAGAAAUGGAACUUCAAGGAUCAUAUCCGCAUGCAUAGGGGGUACACCCCAUAUAAAUGCGACGAAUGCGAUAAGUCCUUUACUCAAAGAGGGAACUUAGUGAAGCAUUUAAGGCAGCACAAGUUUAGAAAUUUGAAAUCAAGAAAGAUUCACAAAUGCGCUCAUUGUCCGAAGUCCUUCACCGAAAAAUACAAUCUUAAGAGUCACAUUAAGAACAGUCAUGGUGAGUAAGCUCACUAACCUAAAUUGGUGGUUGUAGAAAGAGCAGCCUUGUGGGCAAACACUCUUUUGGAUCACCCAGAUUCAUCGUAUGAAUCUUUAAUUGAGACUAUUCAUAUUGUCCAAUU